CGUACUUCGACACAACUUUCGUUUUGAUCAUGGCUGAAAGUGUCGAAAGUGCAGUAAGGAGACCAAAGUGACUUGACUAGAAAUAUAUUUAUUAAAUGCAAAAUGAAUCCUUCCGAUGGCAAAUCUGCCGAUAUUUUUUGCAUUUCCGUGUAUGAAUGGUAUGGCAGUGUACUCGAACUAGCUGCAAACUUCAGCACAAGGGCAACUAGCUCUCGUUCUCCCGAGAAGGCCUCCCUCCUUAAAACAGUACAUCUUAGUGACCAAAUACAAUAGAGUCGGUGGAUGCUUCUCUGUAAUACAUGAAAAUGGGAAAUAUUAUGAGCAAUGUUUUCAUUGCUGGGCUCCCAUUGUAUGCCAUAUAUUUUCUUUACGCCAACAUUUAUUGCUCUUAUAAACUACUGAAAGCUAAUGUCGUGUUUGACAGUCGUCAGAGGAUUCCAUGUUUUGCCUACCUUUUUCUCAGAUAUGUUUUCAGAGCUCUUAUCAAAAGACAAGGGCAUUUAUACUUUUGCGAUAGCGAUGUCAAAGGUGAAGUUGCCUUCACCAUCUUUAACUGCAGGUAAACUGAUUGCUCUUGACAAUGUAGCAGUCAAAUUUGUUUUAGGGCUAUGGUUUGAUUUCAUUAUAAAAAUGUCAAACAACACACUGCCUUACUAACAUGGUUGUUUAUUUGUUCACGUUUGAGACAAUUAUCUCCAAUGUGCUGUACUUUUUUCUCUCAAAGGUUCAACAAGGAUCUACUGAGGAGGUUCUGUAAUGCUGCUGGAUAUGGCUGGGACUACCCAGACAUUGAGUUCAGGGAUAUCCCUCUGUGUUACCCAGAGACCCUCUGUCUGCGGAUGCUUGACAUAUUAAUAUCUGAUGAGAAGUUCAGAUUGAGCCCUCUGGGUAAGUAACACAUCCUCUACUGGCUGGGUCUUGCAUGGAGAUUUCGUACCUCAUGUCUUUGAAGGCCAUCCAAAUGUUAACACACAAGGUACUCUGUUUUCUUCCUAAAUUUCUGUAGAAUAUAUUAAUUCAAUUCAGCCAGAUGUGAAGUUCAAACAAAAUCCCCCCACUUCAGUGCAUUGUUUCCUUAGGUCUUGUCCGGGUACGUCAGAGUUUGAGAACAUGGCAGCCAAUAGAUGAGCUGAAGAAGGGACCCUUCAUGUUGCAGGCUCGUGUGUUGGAGUACAGGGUCGUUGAAGAUGGGGUGGAGGUUGACAUUUCUCUAACUGCCAUUUCACGCACUGACCAGCCAGUAUGGGAGAGCGUUUUGACAAUGCUCUCCCAGGACAGAGGCCGAACACCAAGCACACAACCUAUACCUGAGUGGUAUGAUGGUGAGUAGACCAAUACUUAAGUUAAUUCAUUCUAAACUUUGCCACCAGUCAACAAAGCUGAGGAAGUUGAACAAAAUUGUUCUAUUCAAGUUUGAACAGCACAGAACAACUGGACCCACAUCAUAAACCAAUAUAUUUUCUUACACUUUGACAGGGCACUUGGACACAUCAGAGUCAGAUGACAUCAUGAAGGCUGUGGAUAUCAAUGUUCCCUGGACUACAGGACUAAAGUCUGUGUGGGCUUUCUCUGACUACUCUCCACAUUGUCUCCUAACUAUUCCUGCUAAACUCUCGGGCUACAGAUGUACCCAAACUCCUGGUCUAUGGAUGCUGUCUAAAUGCUUGGCUGAAAUUGAAAAGCACAAAGGUACAGUAGCUUUUUAUUCUAGUGAUUCUACCUCAAUACUGAAUUAUUUAUAAGCAAAAUUAUGCUGCCUCAAACAGUAUAGUAUUUUUUUGUUGUUGCUGUACAUAUUCUAUUUAUCCUCAAUCUAUCACCUUGAUUUAUAUUUUCCAAACAUCCAUUGAUUCCACAGGAGUUGAUGCCAUUAGAGCCCCCAUCUCUGUCACCGCCCAGUUCAAGGAGCCAUUGUUGGUAGCAGGAAAAGUGACCAUCAAAUUUUGUGAGAGUGUGGGAGUGCAGUCCUCUUCCAAGUGUGUUAGCUUCCAAAUGGAGCAAUACGGGAGGAAGAUACCUCACAUCAAGGGACAAAUCUGCAGGACUACUGUAGAGGAUGUGAAUUAAAGAUGAAAACAGCGCCAAUGGCCACCCCAGCACCGUUGUUAUUGUUUUUGUUGCCGAGAUGAGGAGCAUCAUGUAGCAUGAUAAAAAAAAUUGCAGUACAUAUUGUGCUCUUCUA